CUCUUCAGCCCAUCGAUCCUUCUAUUCCAAAGGUUUAUUGUAUUUUGUAGGUGUUUCUGAUGUCUCAAGGCCACAGGCUUUAUCAUCUGUACCUACAUCGCAGUCCCUAUUUGCUUCAUGUUUUUCCAGCAAGUUGGAUGACAAAACAGGUAAUCAGGCGACCAAUGCCUUUGAAAAAGAAAUGUCUGCCCUUUCUCGCUGUGAUAGCAAGAAUAAGAGAGGAAAUGGGCAAUUUCAAUCUCAUGGAACACGCAAGAGUGGCUUAUCAUCAAGGCAAAUGCCUUUUAAGUCACCUAAUCAUCUUUUGGGAAACACUGACAAACAACUCCAGCCGAAUGAGGAGCAAAGAGGAAGAAACUCUUCCACUCCUUCCCCCUGUUCUGAAGAAGAUUUGCCUGGCUGUUUUUCGAAGAAGUAAGUGUUACUUUAUGCUGUUCAUGUAACAUGGAUUUUCUGACUUAUCUAUAUUUUGCCUCCUUUUUCACAUAUUCUUCUGAAUAAAUCCAAAUUAUUGUACUUCUGUUGUGAUUGCUAGAAAGACAAGUGCUUCUACCCGUUAAUACUAAUCAGCAUAUAAUAGAAAAUUACUUCUUCUUGUCUUUUUUGGCAAAUCACGUGGGUCCCGAUAGGAACUUGGUUUUUAUCAUCUACCUUUUCUUAUAAAUCGUGGCCCUCUUGCUACCAAGGAUGCACAGACUCCGACACACCCCUGACACAUGUCAGAUAUGCGAGGUUUCUUGUCCAAAUUAUUUUUUGGUUUUGUAUUUGAAUACAUCACCAACAUGUCAGACAUAUGUUGCUCACAUGCUGGAAUUAACAAAAAAAUAUUUACUCCAAAUAAAAAAAAUAUAAUGAAAAAGUUUUAAAAAAAUAAUAUUAAUUUACUCACCGUGUAAAGGGCGUGUCAUGUCGAUAAUUUUUUAAAAAUUUCAUAUCAUCAUGUCUGAGUUGUGUCAUAUCCUACUAUCGCAUCCAUGUCGAUACGUCCUAGCUUGUUACAUGGGGUUGGUUGAUGGAUCCAAAGGUUUCACAAGUUUUACCUCAGGCCUAAGGCUCACUCCACAUGCGCUGUUGCAACUACAAAUGUUGUUAGGCAAAUGUGCCUUGUCCAUUCAGGCAUCAUCAAUCUGACAUAAUAAUCUGUGUUGUGCAUAUAUCG